AGUCAGUCUGUCAGAUGUCAAACUGGACAUCAGUCAGUCUGAAGCUGCAGUAACAGGUGUGUCUUGUUCACACAAUGACGAGCGGCAUCCUGAAGGUGAUGAGCAGCGUUUCCAUGGCAACUCUGACCCGUCCAAAGCUGGUGUUGAGCCAGGCCAGGUCCAGGAUUUACAGCAAACCUCCAAAAAACCGUAUUGGAGCUGGGCAAAGCUUCUUCGUCAUGACGGUAUUUACAUUUGCCAUGCUGACGCCAGCGGCCUGGAUCCUCCAUCACCUGCCAGAGUAUCGAGGUCAAAGGUCACGUCAGACACCAAAGACCUGAAUGCUGCUCUUCAUCCGUCAUCUUCACUUUUUAUCAUUCACAUGUAGGAACUACUGCAAUUAUGAGUGACUUCACCAUUUAAUCAAUAAACAAGUCCCACAAACCAACA